GUUUGGGAUCGAGCUGCUGGACGGAUUUGCAAGGCGCAGACCCAGCGGAGGGCGAUCUCUACAGAAAUGAAUGGUUUUCUGUGCUGCCCUUAAAAGAGGAAGAUCAGAUGACACCAAAGAGGGACCCACAGAGCUUCGGGGCAUUGCUCAUCCUGUAUCUGCUGUAAUGGAGCCAGGUUGUUGCUGCUGUGUAUGUUUUACAGUUGCGCCUGAGAUAAGUGAACCGCAAUUAGCACACAUCCAGGUUAAGGCUGUAUACUUCAAGGAUCAUUUGAUGGAUUAUUCCUAGAUAUUUCCAACAGAACAUUCUGAUCUGAUUGCCUCACAGACACCGUUUCUUUGAUGUUGAAGACAGAGACAAGAGGGUCAUGGAUGUGAAAGAAAGGAAGCCGUAUCGUUCUUUGACCAGGCGCCGUGAUGCUGAGCGCCGGUACACCAGCUCCUCAGCAGACAGCGAGGACAGCAAAACACCUCAGAAGUCGUAUAGCUCCAGCGAGACUCUGAAGGCUUAUGAUCAGGACUCCAGGUUGACUUACGGCAACCGGGUCAAAGAAAUGGUACACCAGGAGGCGGAUGAGUACUGCCGAACAGGAGCCAACUUUUCUUUGCGAGAGCUGGGCCUCGAAGACAUCUCGCCACCACAUGGGACUUUAUACCGGACAGAUAUAGGGCUGCCCCAUUGUGGCUACUCCAUCAGCGCUGGCUCUGAUGCUGACACUGAAGCGGAUGCGGUCAUGUCGCCGGAGCACCCAGUGAGGCUCUGGGGGCGCAACACCAAAUCGGGUCGCAGUUCCUGCUUGUCAAGCCGAGCCAACUCCAACCUCACCCUCACCGACACAGAACAUGAUAACACCGAAACUGGUCUUCCUUUGCAUUGUUCAUCUGCUUCAUCAACCCCUAUUGAGCAAUCCCCCUCCCCUCCCCCUUCCCCACCGGCCAAUGAGAGCCAGAGAAGGUUGCUAGGCAAUGGUGUGGCCCUGCCAGCUCAGGACUCUGACUCUGAGGAAGAGUUUGUCCCCAAUUCAUUCUUAGUUAAAAGUGGCUCUGGGAACCUCUCUCUCUCUUCCAAUGAUCAUCCGCCCAGUCUUCAAAACCAUUCCAGGCUCCGAACUCCCCCUCCUCCACUUCCACAUGCUCACACACCAAACCAGCAUCACACGGCCUCCAUCAACUCUCUAAAUCGAGGGAACUUCACCCCAAGGAGCAAUCCUAGCCCUGCUCCUACAGAUCACUCUCUUUCUGGAGAGCAGCAGGCUGGGACACAAGAGUCCACACAUGCUCAGGACAGCUGGUUACUUAACAGUAACAUCCCCCUCGAGACAAGAAACAUAGCAAAGCAGACAUUCCUAGAGACAUUGCAGGACAACCUCAUUGAGAUGGACAUUCUCACCUCCUCCCGACAUGACGGUGCUUACAAUGAUGGACACUUCCUGUUCAAGCCAGGAGGCACUUCUCCCCUCUUUUGCACAACAUCGCCGGGAUAUCCUCUGACAUCCAGCACUGUGUACUCGCCUCCCCCUAGACCUCUCCCCAGAAGUACCUUUUCCAGGCCGGCCUUUAACCUGAAGAAGCCCUAUAAGUACUGUACCUGGAAAUGUGCUGCCUUGAGUGCCAUUAUCAUCUCAGUCGCGCUGGUGAUACUGCUGGCGUAUUUUAUUGCCAUGCACCUGUUUGGCCUAAACUGGCACCUGCAGCCGAUGGAAGGGCCGAUGUAUGAAAUGACGGAAGACACGGCCAGCAGUUGGCCAGUGCCAACGGACGUCUCCUUAUAUUCCUCAGGGGGCACGGGGUUAGAGUUACCUGACAGGAAAGGCAAAGGAGCCGGCGAAGCAGGAAAGCCGAGUAGUUUCUUUCCAGAUGACAGUUUUAUAGACACUGGGGAGAUUGACGUUGGCAGGCGAGCCAUGCAGAAGAUCCCUCCUGGUAUCUUUUGGAGAUCUCAGGUGUUCAUUGACCACCCAGUGUAUCUGAAGUUCAACGUUUCAUUAGGAAAGUCUGCGUUGGUUGGGAUUUAUGGCAGGAAAGGCCUCCCUCCUUCACACACACAGUUUGACUUUGUAGAGUUGCUUGAUGGGAGGCGACUACUUACUCAGGAGGCCCGGAGCCUAGAAGGUCCUCAGCGGCAACCCAAGGGAUUUGUGCCACUGGCCAGUCAUGAGACAGGAUUUAUUCAGUAUUUGGAUUCAGGAAUGUGGCACCUCGCCUUUUACAACGAUGGGAAAGAGUCUGAGAUGAUCUCGUUUCUCACCACUACCAUUGAAUCGCUGGACAACUGUCCCAGCAACUGCUACGGGAAUGGUGAUUGUGUUUCCGGGACCUGCCACUGUUUCCUUGGCUUCCUGGGUCCUGACUGUGGCAGAGCAUCUUGUCCCGUGUUAUGCAGUGGAAAUGGGCAGUACAUGAAAGGCCGGUGCUUAUGCCACAGUGGGUGGAAAGGGGCAGAAUGUGAUGUUCCGACCAGCCAAUGCAUUGACGUCGCUUGCAACAGCCACGGCACCUGCAUCAUGGGGACCUGCAUCUGCAAUCCAGGAUACAAGGGGGAGAACUGUGAAGAAGUGGAUUGCAUGGACCCCACCUGUUCAGGACGUGGCGUGUGCGUGAGAGGAGAAUGCCACUGCUCUGUUGGCUGGGGAGGAACCAACUGCGAGACACCGAGAGCAACCUGUCUGGACCAGUGCUCUGGCCACGGCACUUUUCUGCCUGAAACUGGCCUGUGUAGUUGUGAUCCCAGCUGGACUGGACACGACUGCUCAAUUGAGAUUUGCGCCGCGGACUGUGGAGGGCAUGGCGUCUGUGUCGGAGGCACCUGCCGCUGCGAGGAGGGGUGGAUGGGAGCAGCCUGUGAUCAGCGAGCAUGUCACCCACGCUGCAAUGAGCACGGGACGUGCCGGGAUGGCAAGUGCGAAUGCAGCCCGGGCUGGAAUGGAGAGCACUGCACCAUUGAGGGAUGUCCCGGCUUGUGUAAUGGCAACGGCAGGUGCACACUGGACAUGAACGGAUGGCAUUGUGUCUGCCAGCUGGGCUGGAGAGGGGUGGGCUGCGACACCUCCAUGGAGACAGCGUGCGGUGAUGGAAAGGACAACGAUGGAGAUGGGUUGAUGGACUGCAUGGAUCCAGAUUGCUGCCUUCAGCCCUUGUGUCAUGCCAACGCGCUCUGCUUCGGCUCUCCGGAUCCCCUGGAUAUCAUUCAGGAGACCCAGACCCCGGUGUCCCAACAGAGCCUUUACUCAUUCUACGAUCGGAUCAAAUUUCUGGUGGGCAAAGCCUGCACACACAUCAUUCCAGGAGAGAAUCCUUUCAAUGGAGGCCACCCUUGUGUGAUUCGUGGGCAGGUGAUGACAGCAGACGGGACCCCACUUGUUGGCGUGAACAUCAGCUUUGUCAACAAUCCUCCUUUUGGCUACACUAUCAGCAGGCACGAUGGCAGCUUUGAUCUUGUCACGAACGGCGGUAUCUCCAUCAUCUUGCAUUUUGAACGGGCACCCUUCAUUACUCAAGAGCACACCCUCUGGCUACCCUGGGAUCGCUUCUUUGUCAUGGAGACCAUUGUCAUGAGGCACGAAGAGAACGAUAUUCCCAGCUGUGACCUGAGCAACUUUGCCCGGCCCAACCCAGUCGUCUCACCAUCGCCCUUGACAGCGUUUGCCAGCUCCUGCUCAGAGAGAGGCCCCAUUGUACCAGAAAUACAGGCCUUACAAGAAGAGAUUAAAAUUUCAGGCAGUAAAAUCAAAUUGAGCUACCUGAGCAGCCAUACAUCUGGCUACAAAUCGGUCCUGAGGAUCAGCCUGACUCAUCCCACCAUACCAUUCAACCUCAUGAAAGUCCACCUCAUAGUAGCAGUGGAGGGACGCCUUUUCCGGAAGUGGUUUGCUGCAGCUCCGGAUCUCUCUUAUUACUUCAUCUGGGACAAGACUGACGUCUACAACCAGAAGGUUUAUGGGUUAUCGGAAGCCUUUGUUUCAGUAGGCUAUGAAUACGAAUCGUGUCCUGACUUGAUCCUGUGGGAGAAGCGGACGGCAGUGCUUCAAGGUUAUGAAAUCGACGCUUCCAAACUCGGAGGGUGGUCUUUGGACAGUCACCAUGCCCUGAACAUCCAGAGUGGUAUCUUGCAUAAAGGAAAUGGAGAAAACCAGUUCAUCUCUCAGCAGCCACCUGUCAUAGGGAGCAUCAUGGGCAACGGGCGCAGGAGGAGCAUCUCCUGCCCAAGCUGCAAUGGUCUUGCUGAUGGGAACAAACUGCUGGCUCCUGUUGCCCUGACCUGUGGAUCAGACGGAAGCCUUUAUGUCGGAGACUUCAACUACAUCCGUAGAAUCUUCCCCUCUGGAAAUGUCACCAACAUACUGGAAUUAAGAAAUAAAGAUUUCAGACAUAGUCAUAGCCCCGCUCAUAAGUAUUACCUGACAACGGACCCCAUUACUGGAUCCAUCUACCUCUCCGACACCAACAGCCGCCGUGUCUUUAAAAUCAAGUCAACCACUGUGGUGAAGGAUGUGGUGAAGAACUCAGAGGUGGUGGCUGGAACAGGAGACCAGUGCCUCCCCUUUGAUGACACCCGCUGUGGAGAUGGAGGGAAAGCCACGGAGGCCACGCUGACAAACCCCAGGGGCAUCACCGUGGACAAAUUUGGGUUCAUCUAUUUUGUGGAUGGCACCAUGAUCCGGCGCAUCGACCAGAAUGGGAUCAUCUCAACUGUGCUUGGUUCCAAUGACCUAACAUCUGCCAGGCCUCUGAGCUGUGACUCAGUCAUGGACAUCUCCCAGGUCCGUCUAGAAUGGCCUACAGACCUAGCAGUCAACCCAAUGGACAACUCUCUGUACGUCCUUGACAAUAAUGUCGUAUUGCAGAUCUCUGAAAACCAUCAAGUGCGCAUUGUGGCGGGAAGGCCAAUGCACUGCCAGGUCCCGGGUAUCGAUCACUUCCUUCUGAGCAAGGUGGCCAUUCAUGCUACCUUGGAAUCUGCCACAGCCCUGGCUGUCUCCCACAGUGGUGUUCUGUACAUCACAGAGACCGAUGAGAAGAAGAUCAACCGCAUCAGGCAGGUCACCACCAACGGGGAAAUCUCGCUAGUGGCUGGUGCUCCAAGUGGCUGUGAUUGUAAAAACGAUGUCAGCUGUGAUUGUUUUUCUGGAGACGACGGCUACGCAAAGGAUGCAAAGCUCAAUGCCCCUUCAUCCCUUGCUGUGUGUGCAGAUGGCGAGUUGUAUGUGGCUGAUCUCGGGAACAUCCGAAUCCGCUUCAUCCGGAAAAACAAGCCGUUCCUCAAUACACAGAACUUAUAUGAAUUAUCUUCCCCCAUUGACCAGGAACUCUACUUGUUUGAUACCAGCGGCAGACACCUUUUCACCCAGAGCCUUCCCACUGGAGACUACCUUUACAACUUUACCUACACAGGAGAUGGCGACAUAACCCUGAUUACUGACAACAAUGGAAACUUAAUCAACAUCCGGAGGGAUUCCACAGGGAUGCCACUCUGGCUGGUGGUGCCAGAUGGCCAGGUCUACUGGCUAACCAUUGGCACCAACAGUGCCCUCAAGAGCGUGACAGCACAGGGGCAUGAGGUGGCCAUGAUGACCUAUCAUGGCAAUUCCGGUCUCCUUGCUACCAAGAGCAAUGAAAAUGGGUGGACGACUUUUUAUGAGUAUGACAGUUUCGGACGCCUCAUCAACAUCACUUUCCCUACUGGUCAGGUCAGCAGCUUCCGGAGCGAUACAGACAGCUCAGUGCAUGUCCAGGUUGAAACCUCCAGCAAGGAUGAUGUCACCAUAACGACCAAUCUGUCAGCAUCAGGUGCCUUCUAUACCCUCUUGCAAGAUCAGGUGCGAAACAGCUAUUACAUUGGUGCGGAUGGUUCCCUCCGGCUCAUAUUGGCUAAUGGCAUGGAAGUGGCACUGCAGACUGAACCUCAUCUUCUGGCUGGUACAGUUAACCCUACAGUAGGGAAGAGGAAUGUCACCCUCCCCAUUGACAAUGGCCUCAACCUGGUCGAGUGGAGGCAGCGCAAAGAACAAGCAAGGGGCCAGAUAACAGUCUUUGGACGCAGGCUGCGGGUUCACAACAGAAACUUGUUGUCUUUAGACUUCGACCGGGUGACAAGAACAGAGAAGAUCUAUGACGACCAUCGCAAGUUCACCCUGCGGAUCCUGUAUGACCAGGCCGGCCGGCCAAGCCUCUGGUCUCCUAGCAGCAGGCUGAAUGGGGUGAAUGUUACGUAUUCCUCAGGAGGACAUAUUGCUGGGAUCCAAAGGGGAACUAUGUCAGAAAGGAUGGAAUACGACCAGUCUGGCAGGAUUACAUCCAGAAUCUUUGCUGAUGGCAAAUCUUGGAGCUAUACAUACUUAGAGAAAUCCAUGGUACUACUUCUUCACAGCCAACGGCAGUACAUUUUUGAGUUUGACAAGAAUGAUCGCUUGUCAUCUGUGACCAUGCCCAACGUAGCCCGGCAGACCUUGGAAACCAUCCGUUCUAUUGGCUAUUACAGGAACAUCUACAGGCCCCCAGAGGGUAAUGCCUCUGUUGUUCAGGAUUUCAAUGAGGAGCGGCAACUUCUUCAUACUUAUCAUUUGGGAACAGGGAGACGUGUCAUCUACAAGUAUGGGAAGCUGUCUAAGCUGGCUGAAAUGCUUUAUGACACAACCAAAAUCAGUUUCACUUACGAUGAAACUGCAGGGAUGUUGAAGACUAUAAACCUUCAAAAUGAAGGGUUCACUUGCACCAUCAGAUACCGGCAGAUUGGACCCCUCAUUGACCGGCAGAUCUUCCGUUUCACAGAAGAAGGCAUGGUGAACGCCCGCUUUGAUUAUAAUUACGACAACAGUUUUCGGGUGACCAGCAUGCAAGCAGUGAUCAAUGAGACACCGUUACCCAUCGACCUGUACCGGUACGAUGAUGUGUCAGGCAAAACAGAGCAGUUUGGCAAAUUUGGGGUCAUCUAUUACGAUAUCAACCAGAUCAUCACUACAGCUGUAAUGACCCACACUAAGCAUUUUGAUGCCUACGGCAGGAUGAAAGAAGUACAGUAUGAGAUAUUCAGGUCCCUCAUGUACUGGAUGACUGUGCAAUAUGACAACAUGGGGAGAGUCGUGAAAAAGGAGUUGAAGGUUGGCCCAUAUGCGAACACAACAAGGUAUUCUUACGAAUACGAUGCUGAUGGCCAGCUACAGACCGUGUCAAUCAAUGAGAAGCCACUGUGGCGGUAUAGUUAUGACCUAAAUGGGAAUCUUCAUUUGUUGAGUCCUGGCAACAGUGCCCGCCUCACCCCACUGAGGUAUGAUCUCAGGGACAGAAUCACAAGACUGGGGGAUGUGCAGUAUAAGAUGGAUGAAGACGGCUUCUUGAGACAAAGGGGCAAUGACAUUUUUGAGUACAAUUCCGCAGGGCUGCUCAUCAAGGCAUACAACAAAGCCAGUGGGUGGAGUGUGAAGUAUCGUUAUGAUGGACUUGGAAGGAGAGUCUCCAGCAAAACUGCCCAUGGACAUCAUCUACAGUUCUUCUACGCGGAUCUCACCAACCCCACCAAAGUCACCCAUCUAUACAAUCACUCCAGUUCUGAGAUAACUUCCCUCUAUUAUGACCUCCAAGGCCAUCUCUUUGCCAUGGAACUUAGCAGUGGAGAUGAAUUCUACAUUGCUUGUGACAACAUUGGGACUCCUUUGGCCGUCUUCAGUGGGACUGGCUUAAUGAUCAAGCAGAUCCUGUACACAGCUUAUGGGGAGAUCUACAUGGACACCAAUCCAAUCUUCCAAAUUAUCAUCGGUUACCAUGGAGGCCUGUAUGAUCCCCUUACCAAACUGAUACAUAUGGGGAAGAGAGACUAUGAUGUGCUUGCCGGCCGGUGGACUAGCCCAGACCAUGACAUUUGGAAACGUCUAAGCAGUAGCAACAUAAUGCCUUUCAAUCUUUACAUGUUCAAGAAUAACAAUCCUGUUAGUAACUCUCAGGACAUCAAGUGCUACAUGACAGAUGUCAACAGCUGGCUGCUAACGUUUGGGUUUCAGCUGCACAACGUCAUCCCUGGAUAUCCUAAGCCUGACAUGGAUGCUGUGGAGCCAUCUUAUGAACUCAUCCACACCCAGCUGAAAACCCAAGAAUGGGACAAUAGCAAGUCGAUCUUGGGAGUACAAUGUGAAGUGCAGAAACAGCUGAAGGCUUUCGUCACCCUGGAGCGCUUUGAACAGAUCUACAGCUCAAGCAUCGCUGGAUGCCACGAAGUCAAGGAGAAUAAUAACUUUGCUUCAGGAGGCUCCGUCAUUGGCAAAGGGGUCAAAUUUGCUAUGAAAGACGGAAGGGUAGCCACUGACAUAAUCAGCACAGCUAAUGAAGAUGGGCGGAGGAUUGCAGCCAUACUGAAUAAUGCCCACUACUUGGAGAACUUGCACUUCACUGUUGAGGGCAUGGACACACACUAUUUUGUCAAGCAAGGGCCGUCAGACAGCGACUUGUCCAUCCUAGGCCUCAGCGGCGGGAAGAGAACCUUGGAAAAUGGUGUCAAUGUCACCGUCUCCCAAAUUAACACAGUGCUCAGUGGAAGGACUAGACGUUACACAGACAUUCAGCUCCAGUAUGGAGCACUGUGUCUGAACACCCGCUACGGGACCACCUUGGACGAGGAGAAGACCCGUGUGCUAGAGUUGGCCAGGCAGCGUGCCGUGGCCCAAGCCUGGGCGCGGGAGCAGCAGAGACUGCAGGAUGGGGAGGAGGGCAGCCGCUCCUGGACAGAAGGGGAGAAGCAGCAGUUGUUAAACACAGGGCGGGUUCAGGGCUAUGACGGCUACUUUGUGAUCUCAGUGGAGCAGUACCCUGAACUCUCAGACAGCGCUAACAACAUCCAUUUUAUGAGACAGAGCGAGAUGGGCAGAAGGUGACAGAGAGGGUCAAUGCGUUGACUUCUUGCCAAAGACAGCUACUCUUUUGUGGCCGCGUACCAGACUGUGUUGUCCUCAAUCCUUCUUUUACAAAAAAACAAAAAUGAUGAUGAACAAGGUUGGGGUGGAGUGGUAAUACAGUUGCACUGUAACUCAUGCAACAUUCUUUUAUUUGAUUUUAUUUUUAAAAAAGAUGGCCUUCUCACUUACUACUAUUAUCAUUUCCCUACAUGCACACGCACACAUUCACUCUCUCUCUCUCUCUCUCUCUGUCAAGGACCAGAAGGUGUAUUUCACCUUUGUGUGAGCACAGUGGAAAUCCUGUGUCCUUUUUGUCCAUCCUUUCCCUUUUGUGCAGCGUUCUUCAAAAUGGAGAGUUGCCCAUGUGAACCCGUGCGAUGAAAAAAAAAAGUUUCUGUAUUAGGUCUGUGCUAACCCUUCAUCCCUUUUUGCUGGAAAGGGGGGGGGGAUCCAAGAAGAAGUAGUGAUCUCACAACAUCCUGCGGUGCACACAGCAAAACAUCAAGAAGAAGCUGCAGACUGUUCUAAAUCUCCUUAAUGUGAUCCUUCUAGAUAGUUGUGAGCCUCCAAAGGAGAACUUGCAGGUCAUUUUCACAUUUCACACUCGUUCUGGGCAAUCCUGUGGCUCAGAAGUGGCCGAACAAGGCAAAAUAGCUGCGUCUUAUAGACUUGCAAGUUGAGUCUUUCCCUUCCUGAGACUGAAUAAUCUUUUUAAAUUUUUUUUAAAUGAGUCUUUUUUACUAUGAUAGGCUAUUUUGUUCACCAGUUUUGUUUUUGUUUUUGUGUGAGUGCGACAGAGUAUAU